AACAACAAUUAGCUCGAAGCCGCUGCUGUAGAGAGCGUUGGUGUCGCUCCGCCAUUUUAAAGAGAGCGUCUUGUUUAUAGAAAUGGCUGCCGUGGUUUGCGCCGAUAUUUUUGAUUUUUCUGUUUUUUUCCUGUCAAAUGUGUAUGGUCUUUGAAGCUUCGAGGUUGAGGUGCUGGCAUAAUCUGAUCUACUAACAGGACAGAAAUUUUGUUAAACUAUUGUCAUUAGUCCAAAGAUGGGGGGAACAAGGUUCAUGGUUCAGUGGGAAGAGCAUCCCUCACACCUUGCAACCCGAUUAGGACAGCUUUUGGAACAUCAAACUCUUGUUGAUGUGACACUCAUGUGUAAUACUCACACAUUACGAGUACACCGCGCUGUUUUGGCUGCGUGUAGUCCCUACUUUGAGUCUAUCUUACAACGUCAGCUCGGAGCCCAUCCUCUCAUAGUACUUAAAGACAUGCAGUUUUCUGUUUUGAAGUCGUUAAUUGAAUUCAUGUAUUGUGGGGAAACUAGUGUUACUGAGGACAACCUGGGAGCAUUGCUUCAGGCAGCAAAAUUUUUCCAGGUGAAAGGAUUGUCAUCCAUGACAAGAGAAGCACUAGGCCUUCCUGCUUCCCCUGCCAAACCUGCACCAACUCCAACUCCUGUACCCUUUAAUGGAGAUUUCGCUAAGAAAGUUCCCCAGGUAAGAACCCCAGCAUCUGCAAAAAAAAUUGGUAUGCAGACAACAUUGGUGUCAACAGCAGAGGUAUUGAACAAGCAGUUGAUUGCUGGGAACACCACCACAACCACAACAGCCAGCUCAGCGCUUUCACAAACUCGCAUCGCAGACUCGACAGCUGUUAAGGUGUCUACUGCUCAAGGUGUUUCUACAAUAUCCACUGAUACUGCCCAGCUGCUGCUUAAUCUCUCUGGUGCAGAAGGCACAUUGCCACAGUCAGUUAGUACAGUUGACACUCCACCUGUUCAAGUCAUUACACGUGGAGUGGCCACAACUGCAUCAACUCCAUCAAGACCAAUGCUCCAAAUGUCAAGCCGAAAUGUACGUGUGUCAAAUUUGCGGGGAUCAAACAUGAUGAAGAUUGAUGCUAAGUCAUUGGCUGAAAAAUCCAAAUUGGCUGAUGCUGCUGCUGGUGCUAGCCCUGGUGAUGAUGCUCCACGCAGAAGGGGACGUCCUUUGAAGAAACAGAUAAAUGUCAUGUUUCAGGAGAAAGUCAUAUCAGAUGCUGAGGUAGCUUUGCAGAAAGAAGCUGAUGCUAGUCGUCUUGCUCUGGAAGCUUUGAAGAGAGAGAUGAAUACUGGAGACCCGGGAAAUGCAGCUGCUGUUGAGGCAGAGUUAGUGGAAGCUGACGAAACCAGAUCCCAGGAACAAAUAGAUGAUAUGGUCUUAAAGAAUGAAGAGGAAUUGACUGAAGAAAUGACUGGCACUCAUACUCUUGUUGCUUCUGAGGACGGUAGCCAACAAUCUGAAGCCAGUACUGCCGAAGUUGUUUACCAAGUAACAGCAGACGGACAGGUGGUUGCAACUACUGCUGCAGGAACUGAUGCAAAUUCUGCAGGCAAUGUGGCUUCAUACAUGGAAGCAUUGAAAGAAGCCGGACUUCCAACAGAUCUCCCCAUUCUUCUUGACUCUGGUGAUGGCUCUUAUGUCACUGUAAAUGAAGAAGUCUUAAUGAAUAUCUGCAAUGGAGGGGUUAUCCACUAUCAGGUUGCUGAAGGCAACCUUGUUCAGGGUACAGAUGGCCAAGUUGUGGUUCAGGAAGGCGAAAAUGAAAAUGAAAACGAAAACGAAACUGAAACUGUUCAGGAGUUUCUUCAAGAAGAUCCAGAACAACCCAAAGAAACAACAAAAACAUCUCAAGCAUCAGUUAUCCAGAUGGCUGCUGAAACUAAACCUGUGGGCAAACGCAAUCGAGUGGUUACUCCUUCCGGUGGUUGUGGAUUUACCACUGCGAGACAAAUUGUUAAAGCAUCAAUGGACAAAUAUCGUCAGGAACAAGCUGGAGUCCGGAAAUUUGUAGUUAAAGAAAUGCAAGCUGCAGAACUCAUUUUGGAGCCAGGUGAUGAAGGUGUUACUCUAAGCCAAGAUGAACAACACAUUGUGCUGGAAGAAGGUCAUGAUGGCAUUCCUGAAGGACAUGAGCAAGUUGAGGAUGAGGAUCAACAGCAGAUGGUCUCAACCACAACCGUCGAGCAAACCUUAGUACAGACUGGUGCAGGUCAAGUGCAAGCACUACUACAAACAUUCAGUGAAGAUGGUGAAAGUCAGCAAGAGAUGGUGUAUCUUGUCACUGAAAAUGCUGACGAAGUUAUUGCCAGCGGGAACUUUGGAGAUGGCAACCACAGUUUUGUAGUUACUGAUGGAACCACUGUGGAAGGAGGACACACAUUUUCCAUUGCUGAUGGAAACAUAGUUGUUCAACAAGGACAGGAAGAGGCCGAAAUGUCUGUUGAGCAGGCCUUGGAAGCCAUGAUGGGAGGGUCAGAUACUUCAAAUCAUGACACUCCUAACUCCAACCAACAAUCGUCAGUUGAUGCUGAUAGCAUGCGUCUAGUCCUUGGUGACCCAGAUGACAAAUCCAAUGUUUUGUUAGGCAGCAGUAGUGGGGACAAAACUGAAGAUACUCUUGCUAUUUUGACUGACAAUGCAAAACUAGAAGACACUCUUUUAGAUGAUUUAAAUGAUGAUGAUGACGAUGAUGAAAACCCUAGCAAGGAUAUUCCUUUGGCAGUAGGGUUGCUGCCACUCAGAACUGCUCUUGAAAGAAUUCAAGCAACCCCUGAGCACCAACCACGUAAAACACGUUCCUCUAGUCUUACAGGAGAAGGUAACAAAGGUGGAAAACGAAAGAGCGAUUCAGAGAGUGAAAAUCUAGAGAAAAAGGCUCGCUCUGAGGAACCUGUUGAUAGUGAUGGUAUCACUGACCGUUUUGAUGUUGAGGAGGAAAAUUCUUCCAGCUAUGAUGUUGAAACAUCCCUUGGUGUAAUAACUGAAGACGGUUUAAAGAAUGUGCCAUGAUUGGUUCUCUAGGUUGACUAUAGAAGAUUUGAGCGUUUUCUUCAAGGUUGUUUUUUUUUUACGUCAAACCUUGCUGCCAGGAGACUUCCUGUGUCCAGAUUUUAUUAAUUGGCAUAAAUGUAUGCAACAAUCAAUGCGCUAGUCGUAGGCAAUGGUGUCUACUUCAUUCAAAUUUUCUUAAUUCUCUCCAGUUUUGCUGUAAAUAUUAAUUUUGUUUGAGGUUCUUUGGCAACCCAGAGGUCUUGGACCUUAACCCUAGCAAUGUUCAAAGUGGUUUUAUUUCUUUUGAAACUAGUAAAGAAAUGAAUAACAGACAUAUAAUUACCUGAUUCUUACUUUAUUAUGACUUCUAUUCAUGGUUUGCUUUUGUGUAGGAGGGACUAUAGUUUUCAACAAUAGCUCCUAAGACAUUUGAGAACAUGUAGUAAAUGUAAAGAUUCUGGAACAAGCCAUAUUGGUGAUUUGCAACUAAGUUGUGGCAAUGUCCUAAAGAAAUUUGUCAAUUUCACACUAUGCAAUAUUAUUUUGCUGUACCCAUGUGUGAGUACUUGACUGGGAAUUCCCCUUAUCCCUGGCACUAUUGACACUCAUUUUGUGACAGUGCCAGCUUUGUUAUCUAGUAAAAUUGUUUUACUCUCAUUAAAUCAUUAUCAAUGGUCUGCUUUAGUAAAAGUAAGAAAUUACUGAAGUAAUCUGAGCAGAGGACUGAUUAUUUCUGCUUUAUUUGUACCACUGUUGUAUCUAAUAACUUUUCAACAAAAAAAUUUCCUAUAAAUAUGGAUGUAUUUUAAUUUUGAAAAUAUAAUUAAUUAUACAUAUUGCAAAUAAAAGUGUAGUGUUAUAUAUUGCAAUUUAAGUUUUAUCUUAUUUUAUUUAUACUUGCCAGUAAAACUUGGUAAAGUCAAUUGUAAGUUACCAAUCUCUUUUGGCUGAAGUAAGGCAAGUAAAGUGUUUUCCUUGUGUUCCUGUGUUUAUGAAGUUUUGUAGUGUUUGGAGUUCUUAAUGGAACUUGUAAUUAUUAGCUUUUUACAUGCAGUGCUCAUCAUGCAAGGAAGUAAUUCUGAUAUUUCAUGCUGUUACUUAUGGGGGAUAUUCUUACUCAAUAAAGUUUAUUUCAGGACAGACCGUAUAA